AUGAACAGAUGGCUGAUUGUGCAACAGGUAGUGCAAAAGAUUGUCCAGAUCCAACAAGAAUUCCAGCGUCGUGUUUUGACGCACUUGAGCAUCCUUAGGCACAACCAGGCUGAAAUGCUGGAGAUGCUAGCAGCUAACCAACAGAAGCGUUGCGAUUCAGAAAUGGAAAUGUUGCGACAGCCCGAGCCAUCCCUGCAAAGCCCCUUAAGGAAUGUUCAGGAGGUUUUAGACUUCAAUGAGUCUCUCACUGAAGCUACAACAGAAGCUCUGGUCCGUGACCUUAUGUCCUACGGCUCAAGGACAUUAAAUUUGACUGUGAAGGGCAUGAUGGCCUAUAUAAUGAGCAAUCAAGCUGCGUGUGAGUUCAGCAUGGAUGGCCGUAAAGGCAAGCUGAAAUUCAGAGAACUUAAGCUCACCAAAAUUGUGCUCUCGGCUGUUCAGCGGACACGCUACCACAAGGAGUGCACACUCGACGACGUUGUCCAACAGAUAAAGGAGUGGCUGCGCAGGGCCAAAGAAAGAUGUGCGGCCAGUGAGAAGAGCUCAAAGGCUGAAAUGCAGGACCAAUGA